GCACUUUUUGACUCUGACUCUCCAGCGUCUGCAGUUCUCACUUUCACUUCAAUGUCUGCAAGUCACUCCAAUCCAUCGGGACUGCAAUGAUUUUAGACAAUGAUCCUGUGAGAUGGAGCAAAGUAUUGUGGUUCCUGUUUCAGUAUGUUUUCAGCAUCAGUGGGACUGGGUGAGAGAGGUUAGUGUUGCAGCACACUGAGUGUGGAACCUGAAACAUUUAUACAGCCUGGAAAGAGGAGUUCAUGGUGGCAAGGGGCUCUACAUGCGUUUGUGUACAGCUGAAGCUUCAGCCAUGGAGAAACCUGAGGAAUCCCGGUCCAUGGGGAAACCAUGGAAGUGUAGCGACUGCGGGAAAGGCUUUCGUGUCCCAUCUGCCCUGGAAAGUCAUCGACGCAGUCACACUGGGGAGAGGCCGUUCUCCUGCCCCGAGUGUGGGAAGGGCUUUACACAUGCGUCUACCCUCUGGGCCCACCGACGGGUCCACAAUGGAGAAAGGCCAUUCUCUUGCCCUGAGUGUGGGAAGGGAUUUACCCGCUCCUCCCACCUGCUGCCCCACUGGCGGGUCCACACCGGGGAGAGGCCCUUUAGCUGUCCCGAAUGUGGGAAGGCCUUCACCGAUUCCUCCGCCCUGCUGAAGCAUCAGCGGGUCCACACCGGGGAGAGGCCAUUCUCCUGCCCCAAGUGCGGGAAGGACUUUACCCGCUACUCCAACCUGAUGAGGCACCAGGAGCUCCACACCAGGGAGAGGCCAUUCUCCUGCCCAGAGUGCGGUAAGAGCUUUAACCGCUCCUCCAGCCUGCUGGCCCACCAGUCAGCCCACUCCGGGGAGAAGCCCUUCAGCUGUCCCGAGUGCGGGAAGACCUUCAGCAAUUUCUCCGGCCUGCUGGCACACCAGCGGGUCCACACAGGGGAGAGGCCAUACACCUGCUCAGUGUGUGGGAAGGGAUUCAGUCAGCUGGGCAAUCUGCAGAGGCAUGAGUGGGUCCACACAGGGGAGAGGCCCUUCAGGUGCCCUGAGUGUGGGAAGGGAUUCACUUGCUCGGCUAAGCUGAUGACCCAUCAGCGGGUUCAUACCGGGGAGAGGCCGUUCGCCUGCUCUCAAUGCGGGAAGGGAUUCCUCGAUUCUUCCACCCUGCUGACCCACCAGCGGGUCCACACCGGAGAAAGGCCAUUCACCUGCUCCGUGUGCGGGAAGGGAUUCAGUCAGGUGGGCAACCUGCGGACACACCAGCGGGUCCACACCGGGGAGAGACCAUUCGCAUGCUCUCAGUGUGGGAAGGGAUUCCUCGAUUCUUCCACUCUGAAGACCCACCAGCGGGUCCACACCGGAGAAAGGCCAUUCACCUGCUCCGUGUGUGGGAAAGGAUUCAGUCAGGUGGGCAACCUGCGGUCGCACCAGCGGGUCCACACUGAGGCAAAGCCAUUCACCUGCCCAAGUGCAGAAAGGGAUUAA